AUGGGCAACUCGAAUAGCGCACACAAAAUCUCUGCUCAGGACAAGGCGAUCCUGGACAUGAAGAACCAGCGCGAUAAGCUACAUCAAUACCAGAAGAAGAUAACCAUCCUCACCGACCGCGAGAAAGCUAUUGCAAAAGAAUGUCUCGCCCGCGGCGACACUAGAAAGGCAAAGCUUGCGCUUCGACGGAAGAAAUACCAAGAGUCGCUGCUCGCGAAGACGGAUGCUCAGCUCGCACAGCUGGAACAGUUGACAAGUGACGUGGAAUUCGCGCUCGUGCAAAAGGACGUUCUGUAUGGAUUGCAGCAGGGCAGCAAUGUUCUCAAGGAGAUCAACAAAGAAAUGGGUGGCAUCGAGAAUGUGGAAAAGCUGAUGGAGGAGAACGCCGAGGCCAGAGCGUAUCAACAGGAAAUCAGCGACAUGCUCGCGAGCAAGAUGACGAACCAAGACGAGGACGAAGUCGAAGACGAGCUCGAGGCGUUGGAGAGAGAGGUCAGAGGGGAACCGUUAAUAUGGCCCGCUCCACCCAUCGAGCAGCCAGAACCUACACCAGAGAAGCAGGCUCAACUCGCAAAAGAAAGAGCGCGCAGAAGAGCUGAGGAGAGGGAGGCUGAGCGGGCCUCGCAACCCAUGGUGGCGGCAUGA